UAGACGAGAAUCUAUAGACUGGAGUGACUGUGUGUGCAAAGUCGCUGGGCGCUUGUCGCUUGCUUUAAAGUUUUUAAAAAUUGAGAUUUUAACUUGAGUUCUGCGUUUUUCAUGUACUUUUGUGGUUGAUUUAGAUAAGUUUCGUGCUAAAGUUGUUAAAGCGUUUCGAAAUGGCCAACAAUUCAACGUAUUGGUUGGCUUUUGGGCUAGUGUUUAUCACCUUCGCCGUACAAAUGGCUUUCAGUAUCAAAUGCUGGGAAUGUCGAUCAGAUUCCGAUCCAAAAUGUGCCGAUCCCUUCGACAACAGUACCCUCUCGAUUACGGAUUGCAGACAGGUUGAAUCGAAGGAACAUCUACCGGGAGUUAGGGCGACCAUGUGUCGUAAAAUUAGGCAAAAGGUCCAUGGUGAGUGGCGUUACUUCCGCAGCUGUGCCUUCAUGGGAGAGCCCGGAAUCGAGGGUGAUGAGCGGUUCUGUCUGAUGCGAAGUGGCACCUACAACAUCUUCAUGGAGUACUGCACCUGCAACAGCAAGGAUGGUUGCAACACUGGAGCGCAAUUUGCACCUAAGCUACUCACUGUGGGCUUCCUGGCUGCCGUUGGUUACGUUUUGAGGCGUGCCUUUUAAUAUCCUCAACUUUCGAAACAAUCUUUCACCUAUCAAUCUCAUUCCAAUCUUUCAAUCAACAGUAUCUCUGCUGAUCAUUCCGCGAUCGAUGCGCGCUAUUAGUGUAAGGUAUUUUGCAAGCAAUUUUACACGUUAAGAAACCUUUUUAAUGUCACGAUUCCGUCCUAAAGUGAUCUUAAGCAUUUUUUAGCAAUACGUGCUGUUUCCACACUGGAAACAUAAGCAAAAAUGCACAAACUCUUUGUAACGUCCAUCUAAAUGUGUACAUAAUGUAUUCGUAGUGCAUUUAUUGUAGUGCCUUAAAUAAAUUGAGAAAAUUCCAAAA